AUGGCGAGGACAUUGAGAAGAAAAACAAAAGAUAAUGGUGACGGCGGCAAAGUUGAGGGAGCUGGCGAGAUGACGGUAGCCGCGAACAAUGGCGAGAGUAUUCCUCAGAUUCAGGAACUGCAAAAUCUGAUGGACUUCCAGAAGAAUAAGGUGGAAGCAAUUAAAGCGAGUUAUUCGCAGCAGAACACGCAGCUAGCGAGGGCCAAUUCUUCGCUGAUGGUGAAGCUUAGUGAGAUUGAAAACAAGAUAAGCGAGUUGGUUCAGGAAAAUGUGACACUUCGAUCCAAGGUGUCAAUUGGAGAGAUGAAUUACAAGAGAAGACUGAGUGAACAGUUGGAUGUUCUGGAAAGUGGGAUAUCGCAUAGAGUUGAGGAGAUUUUUCUUAUGUUUGACAGUGUUAGGGCCAAGGAAGGUCUCACUUGUUCCGAUAAAUCUGGCCAAUUGAGGUCUAUACUGCGAAAAAGACGAAGCCUGGGCUCGUCGCAAGGAGACAAUAAGUCAGCUAAUAGCAUUCAGUUUUUAGACGCGGCUAAUCAAGUGAUUGGCGCACCUGAGCUGGAAGCGUCUGCAAGCAAUGGCGACAGUGCUGCUAAUCAAGAAGAAAACGCUGCAAGGAGGAAAAGGCGAAAGAGCUCGAGGAGAGAAUCGAUAUUUUUACCGGAAGACUUCGAACUGCCGAGCCAGGAACCCGUUUCAAAUCCAUCUGAAGGCGGGGUUGAUGAGGAGAAUGGUGAGAAUGACCAUGGUGGAAUGGAGCUACUGUCAAUAAUUGACGGCCUUAAUGAGCAGGAAGCUGGUCAAGCUAUUCUACAGCCAACCAACGACAUAGAGCUUCCAUCGGAACACAACGAACAGAAUGCCCACGCAGAUGGCUCCUUCAGCUUUACUAACUCCAUCAUCGAUUACUCGAUACCGGAGGAGACUGCACCAUCAGCCACCACGAACACCGAACAAUCUUCAUCAUCUAAAAUAGAGGUGUUCAGAGAUGAACCAGAGUCGAAGUCGUCAUCACAGAAUGGGGAGGACAGGAAAGAGCAAACCUUCGUACCUUUGUCCUCCCAAAGCAAGGCGAAGCAUUCGAGAAGGGCUCCUACCGCAAGAUCUCGGAAGAGCAUGGUUGAUGAGGUAAUGCCUACUACAAAUAAUGGAAACGCAGCUUGCGAUAUUGAAUUCACCAGAAUAAGAAGGACACGAGGAAAGGCGAUUGAUUAUAAGCUACCUUCGCUAAGGGCUAAGAUGAGACGACCCACCGAAAAGCUUGUCGAUGCAACCACAUUCACAAACAUCCACGAGCUUCAAGUAACGAACGCCAGAAGAAGCUAUAAGAAAAGCUCUAACAGGAAGGGUGCUAGCGCUACUACCGCCGCAGCACUGAAAGAGACAGUCAUAGCUGGUGAUGCAUGGCACAAAGACGCCCGCGAUCAGUCUCGAAAGGAUAAAGAAGCAGGGAAAUUAGAACAGGAGCACAAUUGCAAUCAGCCAAGCUCCAAAGGUCCGCUUCCUGAACGUGUAGGUGUCCAGAGAGAGAAAGCAACGACUGAAUGCCAACCUAUUCUGAAGGAUAUUACAAACCGGCCCAAAAUCAGCAAGACGAGAAAACUGUUGAAAAGCGCCAUAAUCAAUGAUAUCUGCGACAAUAAUGUAGGCAUGAGCGAUGAUACAACAGACUCGUUAGGCAGUAAUGGAUCGAGUUUCCGACUCAAUGAAGAAGAUUUAUCCGUAUUUGACUUGAUUGGAUCUGAUAAGGCAAAACCUACAAACAAGACUUAUAGAGCUAAAUCAAGAAAACUAAUAACCAAGUGA